GCAAACAGUUCUAGUCAUCAAAUAUAUAUUUCGGAAUAAAAUCAACACGAUGCUCAUAAAAGUAGCCAAGUUCCUGAGCCUUUUUUCGGUGUUUCUGGCAGCAGCCAAAGCUAAAUAUUUGUCUGAGAAACCCGACUUCCUGCAUCCUUGCACUGUAAGCGAUGCCGGCUUCAAUGGCUGUCUAACCAGCAAUUUCCAAACUUUCUUCCGUCAGUGGAAGGAUGGGAUUCCUGGCAACAAUGCCGUGGGAUCCUUCGAUCCCCUCUACAUAAAGAGAGUUAAAUUUGCGCAGGAUGCCAACAGGGCUAUUGCCAUUAAUGCCGAUCUGAAGGAGGUCUAUGUGGCAGGUGCUGGACAAGCGGUGGUUAAGGAAGCCAGCUGGGACCCCAAUCACUAUGUGGCCAAGGCUUUGAUAAGCGUUCCCAAGUUGCGUUUUAAUUUCGAGUACAAAGUCAAAGGACAUGUGGUGGCCCUUAAUCUUAAUGGUCAUGGCAACGGCUAUUUUGAAGCGGAAAAUGCUCUGAUAUAUCUGGAAAUGGCCGUCAAACCGGUGACCACCGCGGAUGGCGUUUUCGCUGAUGUGCAAAAUGUUAAGGUCAAUUUCCGCGAGAUAAAGCAAUUCCGCAUCAAGCUAGAGAAUCUCUUCGGCGGUAACAAGGAUCUGGAGGACACCGCCAACACUCUUUUCAACGAGAACUGGCGCGAUUUCUACGAUGUCCUGCGUCCCGCCGUGGAGCAAACUGUGAGUGGAGUACUCCUGGAUCGAUUCAAGAAGACGUUUGCCUAUGUGCCAGCCACCUACUUGAUUAAAGACUUCCAUUAAAACAUACACAGGCGGAAACUUACCUGUACUUACAAUUGUAUUUUAAAUAUGUUCUUGUGAUCAAUUUUCAUGUCGAUAUUAAAUAAGAUGUGAACAAACUAAU